GCUCCCUCGGGGCGGGCCGGGCUGGUGGACGGGCGGCGAGGGCCAGAGCCUGGCGGUACCCUAGACCGUAGCCCGCGAUGGUGAUCUGCUGCGCGGCCGUGAACUGCUCCAACCGGCAGGGCAAGGGCGAGAAGCGCGCCGUCUCCUUCCACAGGUUCCCCCUAAAAGACUCAAAACGCUUGGUCCAGUGGUUAAAAGCUAUUCAGAGGGAUAACUGGACCCCCACUAAGUAUUCAUUCCUCUGUAGUGAGCAUUUUACCAAAGACAGCUUCUCCAAAAGUCUGAAGGACCAGCACCGCCUGCUCAAGCCUACAGCUGUGCCCUCCAUCUUCCACUUGACAGAGAAGAAGAAGGGAGUUGGGGGCCAUGGCCGUACCAAGAGAAAGGCCUCAGCGGCUGUGAAGCGACACACAAGUAUAGUAGCCACCGGUUCCUCAUCAUCCUCAAGUGAGAACUUGAUGGCCAAGUCUGAGUCCCGCAAGUUGAAGCGAGCAACUCUGCAAGGUGACACUAUACCCAGGGUCACCUCUGAUGUUGUCACUCAGGAGCAGGCAUCAUCUCUGAAAAGAACUCUAGGAGAUGAACUGGCCACCCCAGCAUCUAGCAGCCAGAGAGAGGCAGAAGUGUCUGCUGCAGAGACCGGCCACCAAAAGGCCUCUUCCUUUGCUGAUGUAGGUGGAGCAGACAAAAAUGGCAUUUCCAUGGACGACUUUACACCACCUGGGUCUGGAGCUUGCAAAUUUAUAGGGUCACUUCAUUCUUACAGUUUCUCCUCUAAGCACACCCGAGAGAGACCAUCUGUCCCUCGUGAGCCCAUUGACCGAAAGAGGCUGAAGAAAGAUGUGGAGCCAAGGUGCAGUGGAAACAGCGUGGCCCAGAACCCUCCAAGUUCCUCACUCACAGCAACCCCUCAGAAGCCUUCCCAGAGCCCUUCUGCCCCUCCAACUGAUGUCACCCCGAAGCCAGCUGCAGAAGCUGUGCAGAGUGAGCACAGUGAUGCCAGCCCCAUGUCCAUCAAUGAGGUUAUCCUGUCCGCCUCAGGGGCCUGCAAGCUCAUCGACUCACUGCACUCUUACUGCUUUUCUGCUCGGCAGAACAAGAGCCAGGUAUGCUGUCUGCGAGAGCAGGUGGAGAAGAAGAAUGGAGAGCUAAAAAGCCUGCGGCAGAAAGUAAGCCGCUCAGACAACCAGGUGCGCAAGCUACGAGAGAAGCUGGAUGAGCUGAGGAGAGCAAGCCUUCCCUACCUUCCUUACCUGAGUGGUCUGCUGCCCCAUAGUCACGAGCCUCCCAAGAUGAACCCAGUGGUGGAGCCGCUAUCCUGGAUGCUGGGUACCUGGCUAUCAGACCCACCAGGAGCCGGGACCUUCCCUACACUGCAGCCCUUCCAGUACCUAGAGGAGGUGCACAUCUCCCACGUGGGCCAGCCUAUACUCAACUUCUCGUUCAACUCCUUCCACCCCGACACACACAAACCGAUGCACAGAGAGUGUGGUUUCAUCCGCCUCAAGCCUGACACCAACAAGGUGGCCUUCAUCAGUGCCCAGAACUCAGGCAUCGUGGAAGUAGAGGAGGGUGAGGUGAAUGGGCAAGAGCUAUGCAUUGCAUCCCACUCCAUUGCCAGGAUCUCCUUUGCCAAGGAGCCCCACGUGGAACAGAUUACCAGAAAAUUCAGGCUGAAUUCUGAAGGCAAACUUGAACAGACAGUUUCCAUGGCAACCACUACACAGCCAAUGACCCAGCAUCUUCACAUCACCUACAAGAAGGUGACCCCAUAACCUGGAGCAGCUCCUGGAGCCGUGGGGAAGGCCUGGCUCCUGUGUCCAGCCCCUCCGUUCAGUGGAUGACGCAGGGUGGCUACAAGCUCUGCUGGCACAAGAGUGUUGUCCAGAUGUUCUUGUGAUGGCAUAGAGAAACCAAAUAAAAGGCCUUUAUUUUUA